AUGCUGUGUGCUAUUUCUGGUGAGGCCCCUCAGGUGCCUGUUGUGUCGCGCAAGAGUGGGAACGUUUUCGAGAAGCGGCUCGUUGAGGAAUACAUAUCAGAGCAUGGAAAGGAGCCUGUGACGGGCGAGGAGCAUACCGUGGAGGAUCUCAUCGAAUUGAAAUCUGCUCGCAUCGCCCGACCCCGACCACCAACCCUUACCUCAAUUCCCUCGUUACUUGGUGUUUUCCAGGAAGAAUGGGAUGCACUCGCCCUGGAAACAUAUACGCUCAGACAGACACUUGCACAGACGCGGCAAGAGCUUAGCACAGCACUCUAUCAGCACGACGCUGCGGUUCGCGUCAUUGCCAGGCUACGAAAGGAGAGAGACGAAGCCCGGGAUGCGCUCUCAAAGGUUUCGGUGGGAGCGAGUCGUACUCCCGCAGCGGGAGAUGCUAUGCAAGUGGAUAGCGCAGGCCUUCCAGAGAGUGUUGUUUCAAGAAUCGAAGAAACCCAAGAGAAACUUUCGAAAACUCGACGCAAACGUCCUAUCCCCGAGGAUUGGGCCACCGGUGAUGCUAUUCAAGAAUUCCGACCCUCUAGCCCAUCUGAGCCACUUUAUCCCGGCGGGCAUUCUAUAUGCGUAAAUGCGUCUGGAAACCUAGCAUUGGUAGGCGGCGUGGAUGGUGUUGCCGGUGUAUACUCACUAUCCGAGAAACGAGUUGUAGCCUCUCUCAAAGGAGGCAGCGGUGCGAUAACGGACGCUGCGUGGGUUGGGGACAAGGCUGUCAUCGCAACUUCUGCUGGUGCCGUCAAGGUCUUUGAGAACGAAUCUGAGAUUGCCAGUUUCAGCGUUCAUGCUGGCGCAGCAGCAGCUCUGGCCGUGCAUCCAACUGGUGAUAUAGUUGCCUCCGCCGGUAUCGACAAGAGCUACACUAUAUAUGACAUUUCCAACUCCGCUGUCGUCGCCCAAAUAUUCACUGAUUCAGCCCUGACAUGUGUUAAAUUCCACCCUGAUGGCCAUCUGAUCGCGGCUGGUGGAGCUGACGGUCAGAUCAAAAUCUUCGAUGUGAAGACUGGUACCAGCGCGGCUACGUUUAACAUGUCUGGCCCUAUCAAAACGCUAUACUUCUCUGAAAACGGCACCUGGCUUGCCGCCGUGACAAACGAAUCUUCGGAUAUAUCAGUCUGGGAUCUCCGUAAAUCGGCAGUCGUGAAGGUGUUGGAGACCGGGAACCGAGUCGACUCAAUCAGCUGGGAUUACACAGGACAGUUCCUGCUCACAGGUGGACCGAACGGGCUGACGGUGCAGCAGUACUCUAAGGCAUCAAAGUCCUGGACGGAACCAUUAAGAAGUGCGGUGCCUGCCACUGCUGUUGCUUGGGGGCCUUCUGCUCAGAGCAUUUUGGCGCUUAACGGAGAAGGCGUUAUUGUACCAGUUGCUGCUCAGCGCAGUUAUCCUACACACACAGACAAUCUAUCUGUCUCCCUUCCCAUUACCUUUGGCCAGGAGGCGGGCGUUCUGUGGGUGGUUUCGCUCUUACAAACGCCGAAAGUCUUUACUGUUUCUCUCGAAGUUUACCACCACCAUCAUCCAACUUCCUCCCCAUCUCUCAACUCCUACACCACCGAACCAGCAUACUACCACUCGCUAUCGGCCUCCUACCAUGAAUGGGGACUCAAACCCGCAGACUAUAACCUCCCAUCCGUCAAGAAAGGUCAGCUCCGGCGUCUAGUACGCUCUCACCGGGAGAUAUCUGGAUCUCACUCCGACAGCCAAAGUCAGCCGGCCUGGGGUCGGAAUGCGGAGGCUUCAAACUCAGCAGGCAGCUCAAAUUCCUUCAACAAUUCCCGUCCCCGCCUACCACCCCUUCCCUCGCUCCCGCAGAUGAGAUUUCCUGGCGACGGAUACGAUUUCCGCAGGCCCAUAAUGUCGACCGGAGUCCCGUCGCCGCCCUCUGCGUACCAGAGCCUACAGCGAGAGGAUGUCAUCGAUUUAACACAAGACUCAGACCCAAGUUUACGGACGGGACGGUCGGUGCGGACGCCGGGGAGGCGAGAUGAAUCGAGAACGAACAGAGCAUCGCGAGGUCCUCGGUUUGGACGGGACAUAAUGUCUGAAGUCGUGGACCUGGAAGCCGACAGUCCGCCUUCAAGCCAGGAGCAACAGGCAACAAGUCCAGAGGUACAGUUUCUGGGCUCGUCAGUAAGAGCAGGCGCACCGCAAGCAUCCUCCAGGCAUCGCCAUGCACCGAAUCAACCGCAGCGUACGCCGUUUUUCAUUGGAGGCUCCAACCUCAUGAACCUGCUGAGAGGCAUGAACCGGCCUGGGCAGCCGUCGGCGCUUAACCAGGAAGAAAUAUUUCGACAUGAGAUUGCCCUCCGCACAAGGAAUCUACGGCUUUUCCGACGAGCACAGACGCACCAGACGUCUUUGUGGGAUGUAACUCCGCCGCAAAAUGGGGUAGACUUGACGAUAGACCUGGACAACGAUGUGCCGAUACACCUUGACUACAGUACAACAGGAUUUAAUGGGCGUCUUACUCCCCAGGCGGAACCUACUUAUGAACCACCUCCAGCUGCCCCGGAAGGGUUUACUAGGACGGCUCAGGAGGAGGACGAAGUUAUCUGUCCUAACUGUUUAUUGCGGUACAUGUACCAAAAACAGAGCCGUUUCUUCUCGGGGGAAGAAAAUAGACCAACCGCCCGAUAUAAAAACGAAGCCCUUUGCGAAAUGCGUGGUGGCUGA